CCCCGGGGCAGCACCGGGGCAGCACCGGGCCGGCUCCGGGGCCCGCCCGGCGGGGUCGCCAUGGCCGCGGUGGCCGGGAGCCGCACGCACAAGAUCGGGAGCGUGUUCAGCCGGGCGCAGAACCUGGUGCGCAUCGGGCUGCUGGAGAAGCCGCUGUGGCUGGACGUGUACGCCGCGUUCCCGCCGCUGCGGGAGCCCGUGUACCGCGUGGCGCGGCCGCGCUACGGAAAAGCCCGGGACAGCAUCGCGCCCGUCUUCUACCGGGAGGACACGGUCCGGGCAAGGUUUUACAAAGUUUAUGGCAGUGGCCCCAGACCCUUCAACCUGACACAGUUAAACUUCAAAUCUACUUGCCAGAGGUUUGUUGAGAAAUACAACGAACUGAAGGAAGAAGGGAAAAUUGAAGAGGAGAAAUUGUUUGAAGAAACAGGAAAAGCCCUUUUAGCCAGUGGGAUCCUUUUACAGAGAAAAGGAGUAGAUAAAGUGGCCGAGCAGGAGCAGCAGGGUGCCGGGCCCAGGGGUGCUGCCCUGCAGCUGCAGCUCCGCUCUGUGCUGGAGGAGCUGCAGGAGAAGAGGGAGGAGCAGCCACCAGAGCAGGCAGGGACACAGAAGGGGCCUCCCUGUCCCUCCUGACAGCCCUGCUGGGCCGUGUCACCUGCCAGGAGCCACCCUCCAGCCCCCUUUGGGACACUUCCCUGAGGGAGCAGGAGCCUGGUGCCCUCCAGGCCUGUCCGUGUGACACCUUCCCCUCUGUCCAGCUCCACACUGAUAAAGUCACAGAUAAUAUAUAUAUUUUUUUAAUGUUCACGACUGUUUUCUGAAAUCCAGAUGGAAAAUACCGAGCGUAAAAGUGGAAAAUAAAAACCUUGUCUUUAAAAACUGCAA